AUGGAGCCAGAAGCCUUGGAAGUUUGCCCUUACAACCCUCACCACCGAAUCCCGCUCAGCAGAUAGUACCAUCUGGCAUCAUGCAGGAGAAAGAAUCCCAAGAAAGCCAAAAAGAUGGCCAGCUGCAAAUACAAUGCCUGCCACGUGGUUCCCAUCAAGAAGCUGGAGGAGCACGAGGCUGCCUCUGUCAACAGGAGCACAGCAGAAGAGGACAGCUCGAGCCCUCUCAAAGUUAGCCUUCUGAGUUCAGAGCAGAAUGGAAGUGCCCCUCCGGUGUCCCCCUGGCUCCCCAACGCUGAGGUCUGGAAUGGGCUCCCCAACGCUGAGGUCUGGAAUGUCGAUGGCCCUAACUGCCACCCCAUGUUCAUCCUUAAGACUUUUGUUCCCCAAAAGCUUGUUUGUGAGAGCGACGCAAGAGAGUCAGAGAGAGAGGACCAUCCCCCAUCCCUGACCAGCCCCCAAAAGACCCUCAGACCCGGAGAGUAA